AUGAAGCCGGCUCUCCUGCCCUGGACUCUGCGGCUACUGCUGCUCCUGGCGUCGACCCCCGGCCCAGGACCCAGGCCGGUAGCAGCCCAGAACAGCUGCUCCCUGCGCUGUGGGGACCAGAAUGGAUCCUGUUCCUGCCACCCGACCUGCUCCGGCCUGGGCACCUGCUGCACCGAUUUCCAGGACUUCUGUCUGAAGAUUACCCCGUACUCGGGCUCCCUGAUGGGCGGCAAGGACUUCGUGGUGCAGCAUCUCACGUGGCCUGGCCCUGCAGAUAGCGUGAUCUGCAGGUUCAAAGACAGCAUCGAUACCUUGGGCCACGUGGACUCAUCUGGACAGGUGCACUGUGUGUCACCCCUGCUGUAUGAGAGCGGAUAUAUCCCCUUCAACAUCUCCAUGGAUGGUGGCAUCUCCUUCCCUCGGUCGGGCACUUGGCUGUCCGUGCACCAAAACAAAGUGUCAGAUGCGGAGAAGGCCCAACUGGUCAACGAGACGCGCUGGCAGUACUACGGCACCGCGGGUACCACGGGCACUCUCAGCCUGACCUGGGACAGCACGGUGCUGUCCACGCCGUUCGUUCGCAUCGAACUCUGGGGCUACGAUGAGACGGGGACCCCCUACUCUGACAACUGGGUUGCAGAGUGGUCCUACCUAUACCCACUGGCUACCAAUGUUGCCAACUCGGGCUCCUUCACCUUCACCCCGACGCCUGCACUUCCCACCUACCAGCGAUGGAAGAUUGGAGCGCUGAGGAUCACCUCCAGCCAAAAUGCUGAGGGACAGAAGAACGUGCAGGCCAUCUGGACCAACGACCACGCGCUGGCCUGGCAUCUGGAAGAGGACUUCCGGAGGGACCCAGUGGGCUGGGCCCACCAGCAGUGCCUGGCCUGGGAGCAGGUGGACGACGAAAUGCCCAACUUCUUGCAGGAGCUGCCCGACUGCCCAUGUACGCUGGCCCAGGCACGGGCUGACACCGGCCGCUUCCACACAGACUACGGCUGUGACAUCGAGCAUGGUAGUGUAUGCACGUACCACCCAGGCGCCGUGCACUGUGUGCGCUCCGUGCAGGCCAGCCCCCGCUACGGCUCGGGCCAGCAAUGUUGCUACAUAGCAGACGGCACACAACUCCUGACGGCGGAUUCGACCAGCGGCAGCACCCCAGACCGUGGCCACGACUGGGGUGCACCCCCCUACCGCCAGCCACCGCGUAUACCCGGCUUGUCACACUGGUCCUAUGAUGUGAUCAGCUUCUACUACUGCUGCCUCUGGGCGCCAGAGUGCCACCGCUACAUGCAGCGGCGACCAUCCAGCGACUGCCACACCUACAGGCCCCCACGAGUGGCCUCCGCCUUUGGCGACCCGCACUUUGUCACCUUCGACGGCACCAGCUUCACCUUUAAUGGACGUGGCGAGUACGUGCUGAUGGAGGCAUCAACGACCAAGCUGAGGGUGCAGGCCCGGGCCCAGCCAGGGACCAUGUCCGACGGAACAAUGGCUCGGGCCACGGGGCUGACUUCGGUGGCCGUCCAGGAGCAAGACUCGGAUGUGGUGGAGGUGCGCCUGGCCGAGGGCACCGGGGUCCUGCAAGUGCUGCUCAACCAGGAGGUGCUGAGCUUUGCUGAACAGAACUGGUUGGACCUAAAGGGCAUGUUCCUCUCGGUGGCCGCCAGUGACAAGGUGUCUAUCAUGCUGGCCUCGGGGGCCGGCCUGGAGGUGGCCGUGCAGGGCCCCUUCCUGAGCGUGUCGGUGCUGCUGCCCGAGUCCUUCGUGAGUCACACCCGCGGCCUCCUGGGGACACUCAACGGAGACUCCAGCGACGACUUCACCCUACGCAACGGGCAGGUGCUGCCCCCAAGCGCCAGCGCCGAGCAACUGCUGCAGUUUGGCGCCGACUGGGCCGUGGACAACACGUCCUCUCUGCUCACCUACGACUCCCAGUUCCUGGUGCAGAACUUCCUGGAGCGCCCCAAGCACGACCCUGACUUCAGACCCCUCUUCCCUAACGAAACCACCCUCAGCCCUGGCCAGGCGGAAGAGGUGACCAGGCUGUGCGGUGACGACCAGUUCUGCCGCUUUGACGUGCUGGCCACCGGGAGCCUGAGCGUGGGCAACGCCACGCAGGCUGCCCACCAGCAGCACUGGUCUCUGGUGCAAAGCCUGCAGCCUGUGGUCACCUGCGGCUGGCUGGCCCCUCCUGCCAACGGGAGCAAGGAGGGCAUGAGGUACACCCUGGGCUCUACUGUCCACUUCAGCUGCAACAACGGCUUCAGCCUCGCCGGGGCCCAGAGCAGCACCUGCCAGGCUGAUGGCACCUGGUCCGCACCCACGCCCGAGUGCCAGCAGACAGGGCGGAGCUACACUGUGCUGCUAAGUGUCAUCUUCGGAAGCCUGGGCGUGGUGGCCGUGGUGAUCCUGGUCUACCUGCUGCUACGCCAUAGGAAGGGCGGCAUGUGA